AUGGCUAGAUUCGAAGACCUUCCGCUGGAACUUGUCGACAACAUCGUCAUCAAGAACGACCUUCCGCCCGAGUCUCUAGCGGCUCUGCGCUUAUGCUGGCCUCAUAUUGACGAUGUGGUCCUCCCACGCUUGUUCCGAAAACUCUACGUCACAUUCUCUGAAAGGCACCUCAAGAGGCUGAAGGAUGUUACCCCAUCGCGCCUUGCACCGCUCGUUCUGGAGCUAGUCUUCGCCGUCGGCACCCUCCAGGUGUGCUCAGACCGUACACACAAAGAUGAAGGCUUUGAGGAAUACUCAAAAGUAUUUCGUUCCGAGUUUUUCGCGUGUGUCGACGCCCUGCCAAACCUACGCAUAUUUGCAUCCAAGGUGGGCUCUAAGGGAAUCAUUCUUAAAGAUGAGAAAAUCGACGGCCUUGCACAUGGCAUUUUCCCUGCUCUGUGUCGACCUUCAUCCCGGAUUACGUACCUCAGGUGUCAGGACCCUUUCGACCACUUGAGCUGGCUGGUGUCAACAUUUCCCUGUAUCCAAGAGUCGUUCCCAAAGAAGUACCGCAGUAGGAAGAAUUUCGAAAGGAGAUACACUUCCGGAAGUACGAGGUAUCGGACCCCCUUGGGGCAACGUUGCUGCCCAUACGAAUGGGGCAAUGCCCUUCGAGGCUUGGUAAAACUUGAUCUUCAAUUCAAUACGAAGGAGCACCGUUUUCCAGGUUCCGGUAGGCCGAUUGCUAACAUAUUGGUUGGUUUUCUUGAGGCAGAAGUUAACCUUGAGGAGCUAUGCAUCCGGUUGGGGUAUGAGGGCCUUCGUAUGACCUGUGUUGGCGAGCAACUGGGGCGGGUUUUCGACAGCAAGUUAAAGUUGCCCUGCCUCAAGACCAUCAAGUUGGCAUACGUCCCUCUCACUGCCUCUGGCAGGCCAUUUCAGGAGUUCAUAAAACGUCAUGCAGCUACCAUGCGACACAUCUUGCUUUGUCAUAUCGCCGACAACAUUCCUGACGUUGUCAGAUUUGCUGCAACGAGUCCCGAAAUUCAGCUUCAUCGAUUUGCUGUUCUCCCACUACAAUUUCGACAUCGGUCUGCUGAUUCUCUGAGAACUCAAUCUGAGUACGAACACUUGCUGAAGCUGCGAUUGGUGCCGCCGCCGUCGCCGCCGGUAUUGAUUGCAGAGAAGUUGCUAUUGGACUACCUCAACAGCAAUAAUCCUAACCAUCAAGAGCCAUUGUUGGAUGCUCUGAGCAGCGACGGCCGUUGGGGAACGGUUGAUCAGAAAGUGGACCGUUCGAAGUGGCCAGAGAUGUACUUUGGAUGCAAGGAAUGCGGCGACUCAUAA